CUCUCGUCAAAUCUGCUGCCUUGGCUCGCCCGAAUUUAUUCAGAAGAACAAAUAAAAUAAAAGGAAUUCCGGCGAAUUUUUCUUUUGUUAUAGCCAGUCUCUGCCAGACUUGCAAAAAGGUGUAUUUAAUGUAGACAGCAGCCAGCCAGCCAAGUCCGAGUUAUUAUUGGAAGUCAACGAAAGAAAAGAUAAAGAAAGGGAGGAAGAGGAGUGUUAAAACGGUGUCUUCAGAAAAGGAUGGUGACUUUGUCCUCCUCAGGCGGGGCUGCUGUUCCAUAACUCUUCGAGUUCGAGGGAGAAGUUGAGUGUCGGUGUGGACCGGUGAGGAAGAACCCCCUUUUCAACAGUCGUCUGCCGGAAAUCUGUCCCUUGGCAGAGGAGUCUUUAAAAGGACCCCAGAGAAAGCCGUCAAAGGAUCGCAGAAUGGCUGAUGACAAAGGAGGCAACGGAAGCUUUCUUGGUAGAAGGAGGGGUAAAUGCAAGUGGUUCAACGUAGCCAAAGGAUGGGGUUUCAUCACACCCAGCGAUGGAGGACCGGAUGUUUUUGUUCACCAGUCUGUGAUCCAGAUGCCCGGAUUCCGCAGCUUGGGCGACGAGGAGGUGGUGGAAUUCGAAUGUAGGACGUCCGAUAAGGGCCUCGAAGCCACUGCCGUCAUGGGACCGCAGGGGGAGAACUGUAAAGGAUCCCACAGGAGGCCGAUGUCCAAAAAGAGAUUCAGAAAGAUCAGGUGCUAUAACUGCGGCGAAUUUGCUAACCACAUUGCCGCUAAAUGCAGCAUGGGACCACAGCCCAAACGAUGCCACAACUGCAAGUCUGUAGAUCAUCUGAUCGCUGAAUGUCCAAACCGACAAGAGGGAAGCAGCAGUAAGAAAAAAUCUUCCACAAAUAACAAUAACGAUUCCUGCGAUAAUAAAAACAACGAGGACGACCCCCUGUGCAACACUACAGUCCAUCACAUGGGCAACGGUAACUCCUUCAAGAAAGGGCUUCUAGAAGAGGACGAGGAAGACGACGAGGACGUCCAGUUGCAUGAUCACAGAAUCCACUGUUCGUCCUCCCCAGCUUCGUCUUGCGGAACAGGCUCGCCUCUUGGAAAGAGGGAGCUGUAGCUACGAUAGAAACGAUAAGUCUUGAGCCACCUUCUGCGCAGACAGGUGGUCAUGCUUUUCGUCGCCUUCGAGCAAUGAUAUCCAAAUGGACUAUUCCCAAGAAAGUAUAAACUUGGUACAUCUUCUCCUGUGUCCUGGUGUAAAAAAAAAAUGCAUAAUAAUUAUAAAUUCGAGUGAUUGGAAAAGCUGGGAAAGGUAUUCUUUUAAUGGUGAAAAACGAUAAUAGUUGUUUCCAAAUCAUAAUCAAAAAGGAGGUCUAAAAUGGAACAAGCAUUCAUAUGGAUCCGAAAAUGUCAAGCUAACUUUUCGGGCUAUUCAAAAUUAAUUGUCUGGUCUGUUUGGAAAGUAUAGAAUUCUCAUGAAAUCCAUCUUCGUGAUAGCAAAGAGAAAGUGAAGAAAUUCGAAGGGAUAUGGCACAAAGAACAGAAAUGCCAUCACGUUUGCUGGUGAAUUUUUAAUACUUUUUGGAAUUACCAUCCAACAGUUGCCUAACAUUGCUUUUAACCUUUUAAAUUUAGAACAUUCUUUGACAUUUAAGAUAAUAUUGUCGUUUUACAAUUGCUUGUAGAUAAAAACGUGUGUAAAUAAUGAAGAAAAAAAAAGAAUUUUGUACAUAUUAUGACAUAUUACACAUUCAGUUGACAUUUGAAGCAUAUAAAUGUAAUUUAAAAAAUAUGUUUGCUCGCUUAAAGCCCAAUAAUAACAUUUAUGGGAAAAAGAAAGUGAAAUAUUAAUGGUAUAAGUUUUUCUGAAACAUUUCUUUUGCCAAUUUCUAAUUCUAAACAAAUAUAUUUAUCUCUUUCUCAAGUGCAGAAUUUUUUAAGAUCCAAAAUCUUUUAAUUGAAUGGAUUUCAACCCAAUUCAACUGGCAUUUCACAACACAUAUUUUUUGCGAAAAUUAUUUAGUUUUAUCUCCAGUUUUAAAUCAUUUCCUAUUUAACUUCUGUAUUGGGCUUUUGUGAUGCAAAAUGUAAGCAUAAAUAUUCGAAUAAAAGCGUUUCUUCAUAUAUGCUAUAGCAAAUGAAAACGGUAAAAAUUACUUACAUUUCGAAAAAAAAUGUGUGUUACCUCAAAGAACAAUAUAAAUAUAAUAUGUAACCAGUUUAAUUUUAUCAGAUUGCAGUGCCUCAUAAAUUGUUUUAAUUUUGCAUAUUCAUUUUUUUUUUUUGGAACUACAUUUGUGGUAGCAAUUAUUAAAAAGUCUAUUCUAAAAGAACUCUUUAAAAUAUAAGCAAUUAAAUUUUUGCACUUAUUAGAAUUUCUUUCUUUGUAAAACGUUCUAUAAAAUCCUCUGCAAUCACUUAUAGAAAUGUUCAUUGCUAUAUAUGAUUGUUAUAAUUUGUUGCUUUCAAUUUUGCUUUUAAAAAAUUCGAACA